AUGUCGAACCAGAGAUUUCGUUCGAACGAAGCGAAUAAUGCACAUACAUCAGAUGGCUUCGAAGAUGAAUUAAUAUUAUGGGAAAUAAAUGAAGUUUUGAGAUGUAAUAGUCCUCCUCCUGAUAGCAAGAAUCAAUCAAAUAAUAUAUCAUCAAGAAAUCAGAACCCCGGUGGACAAAAUAUUAUUAUAAAUAAUUCUAUAACACAAGACAGGCAUCAACAAAACGGUCAAAAUGAUGAUUUUUCUUCUCAUCAUUCAAAUCAAAAUCAACAAGAUACACAUCAACAUAAAACUAAUCUUAACCAAAACAUUCAACAACAAAAUGUUCAAUAUAAAAAUCAAAUGUUACAACAAGUAUUACAAGGUAAAACUUAUAGAAGCACACAGCCUGGAAAUGAUGAAUUAAAAAAAAUGAUGAAAGUAAAUUCUUCACAAAAUAUACAAAUACAGCAGCAGCAAAUAACAAGGAGCCCGCAAAGUAGUAGUCAACAAAAUUUGCUACGAGAUUGUCAGGUACAACAACAUCAUAGUAACGUUGAUCAAUCUCAUAUUAUUUCAAAUCAACCUCAACAACAUAUUAUUGUACAACAGAUAAGUAGUCCUCUCCAACAAGGAGCUAUAGCACUUCAAUUAACAAAUACUUCAAAUCAACAAAUUGUCGGAACAAAUUUUCCUACAGAAUCAUUAAGGCCGGUAUCCCAGAUGUCAACAUCUAAAAAUAUGUUGCCUACGACAAGUCGUACUAUUUCAUCUAAUGAUCCAAGUUACAUAAGUCCUGUAAAUAAUAGUAAUCAUGUAACAACGACUGUUGGUGGAAAUAAUCGACAAUCAGGACAAUUAUCAAAUAUGUUAAAUACACAACAAAUACUACAACAACAACAACGUCAGAAUUCUUCACAUUCAAUUUCUAAAAAUCAACAAUCAAAUAAUAAUGUCUUUGAGAAACGUUCAAUGCCGUACCAACAGGUCCAGCAAUCUCUUUCUAGGCCGCAAUCUCAGUCCCAAAUUGUAAACAGUCCCGUUUCGGUAUCAACUCCACAAUCAAAUCAAAAAUAUGUUGAAUCUCCUACAUACAGCAAUCCUCCAAGUAAUAGUCAAAGUAACCCAUCACCAAAAAUGCAACAACGACAAAAUGUUAAUGGACAUUUUUUGGUACAAUCACAGUUACAACAAAUAGCACCACAAGGUAGCAAUACUGUUGUCGUUUUACCCUCAAAUAGGCAAAAUAUUGCCCGAUAUAAUGAAGACACCAGAGUCGUAAAUCAAUCUCAAUUUAUUUCUCCACAAACAAGAACUGUUGGAGCAAUUAUUCAACCAAAUAAUGUUCAACAAGCACGUUUUGUUCCACAAUAUCAAAAUGCUAAUAUUUUAGCAACAACUUCUAAUGGUGAUCUUCGACAAGAAAUUUUUCAAACGGGUAAUAUUAACGCAAAAUCUCAACCAAUUAUUAUUGAGCAAGGAGGUUCUAGAAUUGUUCAACAUGUAGUAUUAGGUACACCACAAAUGAAUCCAAAUAUUAGAACAUCUUCAGUACCAACAACAGUAUCUAUACAAAAUCAACCAAUGACACAUACUAAUAAUAUUCAACAACAAUCCGUUCAAUCAGUUACAAUUCAUGGCCAAAAACAUGGUACCCAACAACAGAUUCAACAAAAUUCACUUCAACAACAACAAAUUCAAUCUCAAGUUGGACAAAAUUAUGUUACUUCAAAUACACAAUCUCAACAACAUAUUCAACAUAUUCAGAUUAAUAAACAACAACAAUCUAAUGUUAAUGUUAAUAUUCAACAAUCUGGAGGUAAUAAAAAAAAUACUAAACCAACUAUAAAUAAAGCCAUGCCGAAGAAAAAAAGUUUACCAACACCUACUACAACACCAAACACUUCUUUUAAUAACUUAUUGAAUAAUAGUUCAUCAAAACUUCAGAAUACACCAACAACUUCAUCACAACAAGCUCCAACGGUUAAUAAUGAUAACAUGUUACAAGCCAAUCAAAUGGCUGUUAGAUUAUCACUUGAAAAUCUUCAUCAAAUUUCUCGGAUAUCAGAAGAAAUCGAAAAACUUAAACAACUUCAAACUAAAACGGGUCAAAAUCAAUCGGCUAAAAUAAAAAGCUUAGAAGACAAACGUGGUUUAAUUUUUAUUUCAGCACUUCAACAACAACAUAAUGUUACAACGCAAAUUCAAACAUCAACUUCAAAAUCUACACCAAUUACACAGACUAAACCAAUUGUAAAUGGUUCUAAAAAUAAGGGGCAAAAUAAGAGGAAUCAAAAAACAAUUGUUACUACACCAAUAUCUAGUGAUAGUAGUACACCUAAAAUGGCACCAUCUUCAAAUAUAUCAAAUAUAACCAAACAAGGUAAUUCUUCAACUAAAACACAAACUAUUAAAGAAAAAAAUAUAAAUAGAAAUGUGGAUAAAAAGUCUUUACAACAUAAUAAUGCAGAUAUAAACGAAUCACGUAUCAAUCGCUCUUCUUCACAAUCAUUUGAAACUUUAAAAUCUGAUGAUAAUUUAAAAUCUAUAUCUUCAAAUGAUACAUCAAAAAAAGAAAAUUCAGAAUUGUUAAAUGAACUUAAUAAAACAAAAUCAAUUGAAGAUAAUGGAGAUGAAAAUAGUAAAGAAAGCUGUACAUCACCUGAAGAACCUAAAAUUAUUAUUCCUACUCCUUCAAUUCAAGUAUCUAGAAUAUUAAGUCAUAUGGAAUAUAGAAAAAGAAAUAUUGAAAUAUUUAAAAUGGAAUUAUUAAAAAAAGUUAAUAAUCCUGAUGUAUCAACACCAUUUCAAUCAAAAGAAGAUGUUGUAAAUAGAUUGAUUCCAUAUUCAUUAUUUGAAGAACCUGAAUUAAAAGCAGAAACACUUGAAAGAUUUGAUCAUGAUUACUUAAGACUUAGAAAUAGUCAAUUAAGUCGAAUAAAAUUAUUAGAAAAAAAAUUACGUGGUAAAAUGAUGAAAGAAGCAGAAUUACCAACACAAUUUAAAGCCGAUCAUAUUCAAUUUUUAAUGAUGGAUGUUGAGUAUGAAAAACGUCGUCUAAAGAAAGAAAAAGAAAAAGCAAAUACUGAUGAAGUAGAAAAUUUUAUUGAUAGAACAUUUGCUGAAAAUGGAAAUAAUAUAAAUUUAAUUAAUGAUCUUAAAAAUUUCAUUCAUAAAAAACAAGAAUCUAUACCUGUACCUCACAAGUUACAUUUUACUUAUGAUCUUCCAGAAAUUGAUCCAAAUAAUUUCAUUCCAAAUAUUCCAGAUUCAUGGAAAACUCCUUGUUAUACAGUUUAUGAUAGUUCAGAAGAUGAGAUUGAAGAUAUUGAAGAUAAUGAUUAUGAAACAGAUUCAGAACAUAGUGAAAUUGAUAUAAAAUCUCAAAGUUCCUGUAAUGAAAAAGAAUCAAUUGAAAAUAUUAAACAAGAGUCAAGUUUGAUAUUCAUAAAAUCAACUACACCAUUUAUGAAUCCAUUAACUUCAAGUAAUAUACAAAAAUGUACAAAUCAAAUUCAAAUUGAGCAAACAUUGACAAAAAGUAAUAAUAAUAUAUUGACAGAAAAAGAUACAAAUAAUGAACAAACAUCUAUUACAGCAAUGCUUCAAAAAUUGGAGGGUUUAGAUAAUGCUGAAAAUAGUAUAAUUAAGAAUAGUCCUUUAAGUGAAAAUAGUGAAGAAAAACAAUAUCAGAAAUUAUCUAUACGUUUACCUAAAUCAAGUGUGAUGAGUGAUAGUAUAAUUACAAGUCAUACUAAGUCUGAUAAUAUUAAUUUAUCAUUUUCUUCAAAGUCUUUGAUAAAUAUUAAUGAAAAGAAAUUUAAUAUACCUGAAAAAUCUAACAAAUCAUUGAAUAAUAAAUUAUUGCUCACUGUAGAAAAACAAUCAAUUACACCACCAAGUCAGAUUCUUGAUAAUGUAAGUACUUGUAGUAGUAUAAUUUCAGAGAAUGAAAAAAUAGCUCCAAAGUGUAUAUUAAAAAUACCUAAAAUUAAUAAAGAAAUUAAUAUAAAGUCAGAAGAAUUAGCUAAUGAUAAAGAUAGACGAAGGCAAGAAAAGCGUGAUCGUAAAGAGAAAAAGAAGGCAAAGAAAUUAGAAAAACAAAGAUUAAAAGAGUUAAAUGCUACAGAAGAAAGCUUAACAAAUAUACAAGAAAUUUCUAAUAUCUCUGAAGUAUCAAGUGAUGCUAAAAAUCAAUCUCCAACACCACGUUUAGUAUUAAAAUUAAAUAGAAAUACCUCUUUUAAAGAUAUUUCAGCAUCUAAAGAAAAAGAUACUGAUAAAAAUAUUGUACCUGAUGACAACAUAUCUAAAAAACUUAUUUUACCAUUAAAAAUUGAUAAGAAACAUACAAAAGAAAGUAAAAAAAAUACAAUAAAUUUACUUAAAAUACCUAAAGAUGUUGAAAAUAAUGUAAAAAUUAAACAAAAUCAAUCUUUUAAUGAUAAUUUAAUAAAAGAUACUAUUGAUGAAAAAAAUAUGAAUGAAUUGAAGAAAAGAAAAUCAGAUUGUCCCUCAAUUGUUCCAUUAAAAAUUCCUAAAUUAAAAUUACCAAAAUUAGGAUUAAAUGAGAUAAAACAAGAAAUAUCAAAUCCAAAAAUAGCAACACAAUUAAGCAUACCUAAACUAAAAAUACCAAAAUUAAAUAUUUCAAAUAACGAUAUGAAUAUAAAAAUUCAAAAAGCUUCCAUUCCUAAAAAGUGUUUAUCAACAUUACCUGGUAGCAGUUAUAGUAGUAAUGAAAAAAAUGCUUCAUUAAGUAAUUUAUCAGAUAAUAAUAUUAAUGAUUAUGAUAGUACUUUUGAAUCAUUAUCUAAUACUUCAACUGAAGUUACUAAAAAAGAGAAAAAAUCAAAAGAAGUGAAGAAAAGUAAAGAAAGUAGGAAAGAUAAAGAACACAAAAAGAAAAAACAUAAAGAUGAUAGAAUUGUUGCCCCAUUAAAGCUAUCAUUAAAACAUCCUUUUGAAAGUUCUCAAAAUGUAUCAGCCACUACAAGUAAAAGUUCUGAAAUGUCAAAGAUAACUCUGAAUCUAAAUAGAACAUGGAAUAAUGAAACGUCAAAAUCUAACUUAUUAGAAAAUGUAAAAAAUCCUGAAAAAGAAAGUAUAAUUUCAAAAUUGUCAAUGUCAACUGAUUCAAUAAAAAUUAAAAAUUCAGAUUUAAUACUUAAAUUAUCAAAAAUAAAGAAGGAUGCACCUAGCGAACAUGAUUCUAAUGUAAAAAAUUUAGGUAUUGAAAAAAUAAAACCUUUAAAAUUAUCAUUAAAAGGAUUAAAAGAGAAACAAACUGAUAAUCCAGACAUACCACCAUUGAAAAUUAAAAAAAAAAGUGAUAAAAAUGAUGUUGAUAAAGAAACAAAAGAACAUAAAAAAAUUAAAGAUAAAAAAAAGAGACAAAAUUCUUUUCCAGUUCGACCAUUACAUGGUACAAAUCCAGUGUUACCACCACAGGAACGUUUAGCUAGUGCAUAUGCUGAAGUGGAGAGAAGAAGUAUGAUUGGAAAAGCGCCAACUUUAAUGAAUUUUUCAUAA